GCAUGUGGAGAAGAGCGGCGGUAAUUGGACCUUCGGUGUCAAACAGAUUAGCAAUCGCAGGUUUUCUUGAUAAGGGCAUAAUGUCUCGUAAAUUGCACGCGAGAAGGAUUGAAGGAAUUGACAAAAAUAUAUGGGUGGAAUUCACUCAGCUGGCUGCCGAUUAUAAGGCUGUGAACCUGGGUCAAGGGUUCCCUGAUUUCCCCCCUCCUAGCUUCAUUCAGGAAGCCUUCUGCAAAGCACUGAAUGGAGGUUUCCCCAUGCACCAGUACACACGUGCUUUUGGCCACCCAAAUCUUGUGAAGAUCCUGGCCAAGUUCUUCAGUAGGAUUGUUGGCCGGGAAAUAGAUCCAAUGGAGGAUAUCUUGGUUUCUGUUGGAGCAUAUCAAGCACUUUUCUGCACCUUCCAGGCUCUUAUUGAUGAGGGUGAUGAGGUGAUUAUUGUGGAGCCAUUCUUUGACUGUUAUCAGCCAAUGGUAAAGAUGGCGGGAGGAACAGCUAUAUAUGUGCCCCUUAAACCAAGGGAAGGCUGUGGUCCUGCUUUAUCCAGUGCUGACUGGGUGUUGUCUCCUGAAGAGUUGGCGAGUACAUUUAGUCCUCGUACCAAAGCUAUUGUCUUUAACACUCCUAAUAACCCUCUUGGCAAGGUCUAUCUGCAGGAGGAACUUCAGGUGAUUGCUGACUUAUGCAUUAAACAUGAUGUCAUUUGCAUCAGCGACGAGGUGUACGAGUGGCUCACAUAUGAUGGAACGAAACAUGUGAAGAUCGCCAGUCUGCCAGGUAUGUGGGAACGCACUGUCACCAUAGGGAGUGCUGGCAAGACUUUCAGUGCCACAGGGUGGAAGGUGGGUUGGGCAAUGGGAUCAGGGCAUAUCAUGAAGCACUUAAAAACCGUCCAUCAGAACUCGGUGUAUCACUGUGCCACAGCUGCCCAGGAAGCCGUAGCAGUAGGUUUUCAGAGGGAAUAUGAUUUAUUUGGAACAGAGGACAGCUAUUUCCUCCAGUUACCCCUCCAUCUUCAUGAAAAGCGACUGAGACUGGCAGAUUGUCUGAAGAGCGUUGGCCUAAAACCUAUUCUGCCCCAGGGAGGAUACUUCAUGAUUGCAGAUAUCUCAAAUCUUAAUAUCAACCUUACUGACCCUAGUACUAAAGACGAACUCUAUGACUACAGAUUUGUGAAAUGGCUCAUAAAAGAGAAGGGACUGGCAACUAUCCCUGUGUCUGCAUUCUACAGCCCGGAACACAGAGAAGAAUUCCAGAAAUACAUCAGAUUCUGCUUCGUAAAGGAGGACUCUACCCUGCAAGCAGCAGAGGACAUCCUGAGGCAGUGGAGUGAAAGCAAAUGAAAAUUCAAAAUCCUGACAGUAUAGGCCUUAUUUACAGAAAAUCCUGACCUUGGCCUUUCUUCUUCUGUGCACGGCGCGCACAUUCAUGAGACUCUGAUAGGGCCGCAGUUCACUCCGACUCACACAGAAAAAAAGCACACAAGUUGUAGUAAAUCAAGACCUAGUAAAUCACGACAUGAAAUACAAUCCAUGUACUUUCUACUCUGAGGUGAAAUAUAUCCUUUGUGUUCAUCACAACAUGAACUUAUCACGUUCACAUCUGUCAACUUGUCAUUCUGACUGAGAGCUGGAGUUCCAGUCUUGAGAUAUUUAGUUCAGUGAAGAAAGUACAUGGAUACUUUU